GGACUCAGAGAAGCUCUGAGGAGCGCGCGACGCUGAAUUAUCCCCCACCACCCAACUCUGAAAACAAGUGCGCGUCAACGACACGUGAACGGCACGAGCGGGACACACUGACCUGGUGCUUUUGGAUUUCGUUUUUAUGCGCGUGUUUUUUAAUGGACUUCACAGUCAGGAUGGAGAUAAACGUCCAGCACCAACAGCACCAACAGCAGCAGCAGCAGCAUCUCAUGCCGCCCGCCUGCUUCUUCUCCGCCGCGGCGCAGAGCGUCCAGCUGAGUCCGUGCGGCAGCGGCAGCAGCAGCGGCAGCAGCGGCAGCCAGGGCGGCGGCAAGUCCGCGUCCAAGCCGCCCAAGCGGCAGCGCUCCACCUCGCCGGAGCUGCUGCGCUGCAAGCGGCGGCUGAACUUCGCCGGCUUCAGCUACACGCUGCCGCAGCAGCAGCCGCACGCCGUGGCGCGCCGCAACGAGCGCGAGCGCAACCGCGUCAAGCUGGUGAACAACGGCUUCGCCACACUGCGGGAGCACGUGCCCAACGGCGCCGCCAACAAGAAGAUGAGCAAGGUGGAGACGCUGCGCUCCGCGGUGGAGUACAUCCGCGCGCUGCAGCAGCUGCUGGACGAGCACGACGCCGUCAGCGCCGCCUUCCAGUCCGGCGUGCUGUCGCCCAGCAUGUCGCAGGGAUACUCCGCGGACAUGAACUCGAUGGCGGGCUCUCCCGUGUCCUCGUACUCGUCUGACGAGGGCUCGUACGACCCGCUGAGUCCAGAGGAGCAGGAGCUGCUAGACUUCACCAACUGGUUCUGAGCAUCCGUGUGAGACGCUUGUAUCAACCUCGUCCCUGUUGUCGUGCGCUUGUGAUGGUCCUGGUGGAGGCUGGUGUCCUCCACGACGUGACGCACUCACUGCACGAACACUGCGCGCUCUCGCCUCUGCUCACGCGCUGUUUAGAGACAGAGACUUGGACAGAACGUCCUGGAGACUCUAGAGAAAGAGAGAGAAGAAACCAGGCCAGAGAAUCAGCGCCAAAGGAUUAAAAAACAAAAAGAAGAAGAAGAAGAUGGACUUCCCCGCGUGGGAAUCCAAACUUCUGCGCAUUUGCCCUUUAUAUUAAAAAACAAACAAAAAAAAAAACAGAAAAUCCCGCUCUUCUGCAGCACAUUUAAUUAUUAUAAAAACAUUAUUUAACGCCUUUAACUAAACUAUGCUAAAGAAAAUCAACCCUUCAGUCAAAGUCCAACAAAACGAUGCUUCCAAGUCUCGGAUUAAAAAACAAAACAAAACUAUUUUGGGGGGGAAAUAUAUUAAACUAUUUUUGUAUGUAAGAGAUUUAUACAUAGAUGUUUUGUACACACUGUAUAUAUUUUGUCUAUAUAUUAAUGCUUGUACACCUCCUGCCUCUGUAGACUCUGUGUAGUCUAUUACUCUCUGGCUCUUCUGUUCCACGAGGUUUCCAGAAGGAGUUUGACACUCUGUUUAUAUAUAUAUAUCUAUAUGUAUACGUUUUUUAUUCACUCUCUCUCC